AUGAGUAGUUUAACCCAGAGAAUAUUACUGGGAGAAUUUGAUGGAUCUUCCUCCGAUGACGAUGAGAUUGCAAUGGCGCAAUUGAUCAUGACCAGGCAGUACCGAAAAUUCCAAAGAAGACGCCAACACGGAGGUCAUGUUGGUUUUACGAGUGGUCGAGCCUGGAUCCCCCGUGAUAGAGUUUCUACCGACCAACGACUCAAUGCUGAUUACUUUUGUGAGUAUCCGCUCUAUGACGAAAAGUUGUUUCGGCAAUAUUUUCGAAUGAGUCGACCCUUAUUUUACAAGAUCUUGGGUAAACUCCAACAAUAUGACACGACGUUCGUCCAAAGAAAUGAUGCGGCGGGAGUUACAGGUUUUUCUGGUAUCCAAAAGAUGACAGCAGCUCUGAGGAUGAUGGCAUACGGGACGCCUGUUGAUAGUCUUGAUGAGUAUCUCAAGAUUGGGGGAAGUACAACAGUUGACUCCUUUCAAAGCUUCUGUAGAGGUGUUAUCUCAAUUUUUGAAGCAGAAUACCUGAGAAAACCAAAUGAAGCAGAUACUGCAAGGCUCCUACAUGUGGGCAAUCAACGUGGUUUUCCUGGAAUGAUAGGCAGCUUGGAUUGUCUGCAUUGGCAAUGGGACAAAUGUCCAACUGCUUACCAUGGCUUCUUCAGCGGCCGCAGCGGAAAACCCACUAUCGUACUUGAAGCAGUUGCAUCGUAUGAUUUGUGGAUUUGGCAUGCUUUCUUUGGCAUGUCUGGGUCAUUUAACGAUAUCAACGUGCUUGAUCAAUCUCAUCUCUUUGAUGAUCUCAGUGCCGGUCGUGCCCCUCCAUCCCAUUUUGUCGUUAACGGUAGUCAGUACGACAUGGGAUACUACCUUGUGAUACCGGGGCUGGAACAGAAGGGAAAUCUGGAAAUCUUGGGUGGAACCGAAGGGAAAUCUGCUGGAAAUCUUGAGAAUCAGUUGGGUGAUGUCGUCAAGAAUCGGGGUCGAAGAUGCACCUGGUUUUACAUCCCCAUUGGGAUGCUCUUAGUGAAUCUAGAAAUAUUUGACGUGGUAAGUGAUGAGGAGAACAGUGUACACGGGUCAAUUAUUUAG